ACCCCACCCCAGGCCUUCACCACCGUACUGUCUGUGUCCAUAGGGAGGAUGCCUACUGAGACCUUAAACCCGGGGCUGGUGUCACGAUUGGGAAUCUCAAUCUAAAUCCAAAGAGUCUACUCCUAUGCAGGAUAUUUUGGAGGAAAAUUCAUCUCAUGAUUUGCAAAAGGGGCCAGGGCUUGAUUUGAGGAUGCAGAUCCGGCCCAUGAUGGGAGAGAGGGAGAUACUUUCACCUCCAGAGGACCGGCCACCUCUCUGGGAGUCACCUUGGCCUUCUGGAUACACAGGACUGAAGGCGGCUAUACAGAUUCAGGGGGUUGCCACGCUGGAGCCUGCACUGGGCCUUCCUGACCCCUGGGCGGCCAAGGCUCUGCUUGCUCAAGAGCCUGUGUGGCUACAGGAGGCAAGCGUGGAGAAAGAAGCUGUGGUUCCUGGGGUGCUGUCUACCUGUGUACAGGAACCAGUCACCUUUGCAGAUGUGACUGUGCUCUUCACCCCAGAAGAAUGGAUGUUUCUAGACUCUGCCCAGAGAAGCCUGUAUAGAGAUGUGAUGCUAGAGAACUACAGGAACCUGGCCUCUGUGGGAGAUCAACUAUGCAAACUCAGCACCUUUUCCUAUUUGGAGCAAAGAGAAGAGCUGUGGAUCACUGAUAGAGGGAUGUUCCCAGGAGUCCAAACAGAACCUCAACCUCAACCUCAACCCCAAGAGUCAAUUCUUAACCAAGAUACUUUUGCGAAGAUUGCAUCCAUUGGCAUAGAAAGGGAGCAACCCCUGCCUGGAGAAAAACUCUAUAAGUAUAAUGAACUUGGGGAACCCUUUAACAGUAUCAAACAACUUUUUCAGUGUGAGAGAAUUUAUGCUGGAGGCAACCCCUAUGAAUGCCCAGAGAGUGGGAAAUCCUUCCAGACCACUCACCUAAUAGUGCACGAGAAGACCCAUAGUGGGCAUAGUGGAGAUAAAACCUACGCAUGUAACAAAUGUGAAAAGUCCUUCAGAUACAGCUCUGACCUUAUCAGGCACGAGAAGACCCAUACCUCAGAGAAGUACUUUGAAUGUCAGGAAUGUAGGCACGCCUUCAAGUACUCCUCGAAUCUGCGACGCCACAUGAGGACACACACAGGAGAGAAACCUUUUGAAUGUAGUCAGUGUGGGAAAACCUUCACAAGGAACUUUAACCUGAUUUUGCACCAGAGAAACCACACGGGUGAGAAGCCCUAUGAAUGUAAGGACUGUGGGAAAGCUUUUAAUCAGCCGUCUUCUCUGAGGAGCCACAUGAGAACUCACACUGGAGAGAAGCCCUUUGAAUGCAGUCAGUGUGGGAAAGCUUUCAGGGAACAUUCGUCACUGAAGACUCAUCUGCGAACUCACACCAGAGAGAAACCGUAUGAGUGUAACCAGUGUGGAAAGCCCUUCCGGACGAGCACCCAUCUGAACGUUCACAAGAGGAUCCACACGGGGGAGAAACUUUAUGAGUGUACUACUUGUGGUCAGGUGUUGAGUCGUCUCUCAACCCUCAAGAGUCACAUGCGAACCCACACUGGAGAGAAGCCCUACGCGUGCCAGGAAUGUGGGCGAGCCUUUAGUGAGCCCUCAUCCCUCAGGAAACAUGCAAGGACCCACACCGGCAAGAAGCCCUAUGCCUGUCAGGAAUGCGGGCGAGCCUUUGGUCAGUCUUCACACCUUAUUGUACAUGUGAGAACACACACUACAGGAAAACCCUAUGAAUGUAAUCAGUGCGAGAAAGCGUUCAGGCACAGCUCUUCACUUACUGUGCAUAAAAGGAUUCAUACCAGGAGAGAAAACGUUAGGAAUGGCAGCCUGCCUUUAUCAGUGUCUCAUACAUUUGGUAGGCCUAUUGCUAAUUAACUUCCAAUUUUUAAAAAUAUAAACAUUUGGGCCUAUAAUAAUCUCUUAUAGUACUUGUUUAGCUUCAUAACAUGUUUUGAUGUCUAAUUUUUGUUUGAUUCUAAAUAUUGUUUUAGUUUCCAUUAUUAAAUCUUUGACACAUUACUAACUUGUAAUUAGAUUUUUAAAUAACUAUGCAUGGUUAUAUUUUUGUAGAGGUAUAAUUAUUUAUAGUGGAAUGCAUAAAUAUUAUGAGUUAGAUGAGUUGGACAGAUGUAUAUAUACAUGUAACCAACACCCCAUUCAAGAUAUAGAACAUUUCUGUCAUUCUGGAAAGUUGCUGCAUAUAUCUGGGUGUUUCUUAGUUGCCUUUCUGUUGUUGGUUUCUAAUUUAAUUACACUGAGCAGAGUGUGUGGUCUUUGGGUUUUUGUUGAGAUUUCUUUUGGGUCUAGUAUGGCACAUCCUACUAGUUGCCUACCAAAACUGCCCUUUCUUCUUUACAACAGAACCUAAGUUUUUUUGUUCACAUUGGUAAUGUGCACUAUUAAAAAACCUCCAUCUCCCAGUCCUUGUAGUUAGAGGCCACAUUGCCCAGUUCUGGUCAGUAUAAGUCGCUGGGUGUGACUCCUAGGAAAGAGAUUGGAAAGGAGUGGUUUCAUUUAGCCGGCUCCCUCUACUUGCCUUUUGCACAAGCAGACAUGGUGUCCAGUGCUAGAGGAGCCAUCUGUGACCAUGAGGAUUAAAGCCACGGGCUAAAGAGAGUAUGGCCAGAAGUUACAAACAUUCUGGUUUCCCAGUUGGUAUCUUUAUGUGUCUGCACCAGCCCCGAACUAUUUAUUUCUGAAUAUCUUGUUAGAUGCACUUCUUACUAGUACAUGACAUUGGCUUUUUUGAGGAGGGAGGUGGGGAAGGGAAGGCAGAGAUGGGCUUAUUACAGUCGAAUACAAUUUCUAACAGAUGCACUUAGUAUAUGGUCAGUUUUUAUAAGUGCUUCAUGGGUGGUUGAAAUCAAUGUAUUCUACAUAUGUCUACUAGAUCCAGCCUAUUAUUUGUGUUUCAAAAUCUGCACAUUUAUAAUAAAUAUUGGUCUCUGUCUUAAUCAGUUCAGGCUGCUAUAACAAAAAUACUAUAGGCUGGGUGGGUUAUAAACAACAGAAAUUUAUUUC